CAGAGAAUGCCAAUAUCAAUAGCCAAUCCACAUAAGUUUCAAGCUGCCUAUGAGGCACUAUAUAUAACAAACUAAGCAGCACAGAGUUGUUCCUGAGGAAUUGGCUGCCCUCCCUGAUAUAGUCCCCAAGGCAAGCGGCGGCACUCAUCCCCAGCAAUGGAGCUCUACAGGUCUGCCAUGGUUCUGGGUGGUGUGGGCGAUGCACUGGGCUACAAGAACUCCAGGUGGGAGAACUGUCCCUCAGGUGUGGUCAUUCUCUCAGAACUGAAAGCUCUCGGUGGAUUGGAAGGGAUUACAUUAUCGGUGGACGACUGGCCUGUCAGCGAUGACACAGUCAUGCACAUCGUGACAGCACAGGCACUCGUGUCAGACUUCUGGUCCCUGGAUGACCUCUACCGUGAGAUGGUGAAGGUUUAUGUUGAGAUUGUGGAGAAGAUCAACAAGCGGCAGACAGACCCAGCCACCAUCGAAGGCUGCACCCAACUCAAGCCGGACAACUACCUCCUGGGCUGGCACACGCCCUUCAACGAGAAAGGGUCAGGAUACGGGGCAGCCACAAAGGCCAUGUGUGUGGGCAUGAGGUACUGGCAGCCCGAGAAACUGGACAACCUUGUGCAAGUCAGCAUUGAAUGCGGCCGGAUGACUCACAACCACCCCACAGGCUUCCUGGGAUCACUGUGCACAGCGUUGUUUGCAUCCUACGCCAUCCAGCGCAAGCCGGUGGUGGAGUGGGGACGGGAGAUGCUGAAGGUUCUCAGUGAGGCUGAGAACUACUGCAGGAAGACCAUCCGGCACAUGGCAGAGUACCAAGAAAAUUGGUUUUAUUUUGAAACUAAAUGGCAGUCGUAUUUGGAAGAGAGAGGAAUUGCCCGGGAGGGACAGAAUACACCGACAUUUCCCAAGAAUUACGAUGCAGAGAAAAGAGAUCAGGUCUACAAAGAAUGGAGCUCAGAAGGUGUGGGUGGGCGGCGAGGACAUGAUGCGCCUAUGAUAGCCUACGAUGCCCUCCUGUCUGCUGGCAACAACUGGACAAACCUGUGUAACCAUGCCAUGUUCCAUGGAGGACAGAGCGGGGCCACCGGCUCCAUCGCUGGCUGCCUCUACGGCCUACUCUUCGGAAUGACAAACAUUCCCAAAGGACUGUACCAGAAUCUGGAGUUCAGAGAGACACUGGAGGAGCUGGCAGCAAAGCUGCAUAAAGCAGCCAAUGCGAGUGAAGGCCCCUGACUGGUGUCAUGGGAAUGGGAACAGCGGUUUGAACCCAGUCACUGGUCAUUUAAAACAUAUUCAGAUUUCCAGACCUUUUUCACUGACAAAUCUGUUUCACUAAUAAGUGUUACUGACAUUAAAAAUAGAAAAGUAACUAGCAAUGAGUGUGGCUGUGUGCCUUUAAAUGGGCGUGCUUUAAAAUACAAACAGUGCGACAAUUCACCAGGCUUCUCAAUGCCAGACCCUUGUCAGCAGCGAUGUGCGAAGUGGAACUUCUGUUGAAUGUUUAGUGAAAGGAAACACUGUGGAGAAAUGGAUCCAGAGUACAUACUAUAUAACAUGGCCUUCAUUAUGUACAUUUUACAGUGGCCAAUUAACCUAACAAAGCUUUCUAGGAUUUAUAAGGUACCUGUUUUCAGUGCAGUUUGAAGAAGGGCCCCAACCCAAAAUGUCACCCUUCCUUUUGCUUCAGAGAUGCUGCCUGACUGGCUGAGUUACUCCAACACUUUGUGUCUAUCUUCAGUACUUAGUAUGUAUUUCACAAUGUACAUACUUUACUAUAUUUGUAAUACCACCUCCUAUUGUAAAAUGUACCAUGCAUUUGCUUGGACCAAGCAACAAAUAUUAAUCUGGGAGUGAGACAGCUGUCAUCUCAUUACACCAACCCUUUCUCUCAUUGUAUGUACCAUGAUUAUCUCAUACACAGCCUUCAUCCCUCUACAACCCUCAAUCCCCAUUAUCCUAUCUCAUCCCCUCCCCCCACCUGCUCCAUCUGCCCAUCACCCAUUGCAUACCCUCCCCCUGCACUGCUCAUCCCUCCCCUGCCUCUGUUGUUGCCACCACCCACCUUCAAUUCCACCCUUCACAUUUCUUUCCCAUCAGAUUUAUUUUGUUCCCCACUAAUCACCUCCCAGCCUCGGUCACUAUCUCUACCCUUCCUUCUCCACCUAACUCUAAUGUGCCAAUUAACUUGUCCUCCUGCAUCCACUUACUUCUAACUAACCACCUCUUUAUACUAACCCAUAAUAUUGUAUACCCAUUUCUCUCCACAGAUGCUGCCUGGUCAGCUUUCUUCCAGCUCCUCUUCCUACAUAUUCCAGCAUCUGCAGCUUUGUGCUUCAUUCCUCUCACUUUUUACAUCCUUACAAACCGAGAGCAAAAUUGAUUUGACUUCACUUUAAAAAUAUUAAAUGUUUAUUGCACCAUAUUGUAUAAAGCUAGCUAGGUCCCAUUGUGCACUGGAGAUUAAAGGGUAAUCUAACAGGGCGAUAGGCUGGUUAUGUAGAGAUCCAAUCUGUUCUCUGCCAGAAGACAGAAAGCUGCAAAAUUCAGCUUCUACCGAAAGCGUUAGCAUUUCAAGUUGAUGACUGAUAGAAAUGUUUUAUCUUUCAGUUCUGAUGAAAUAUUAUCUGCCACGUUCUCUGCAAGUGUGCCUGACUUGCUAAAGCUUUAGCAUUUGCUUUUGUUUCUGAUUUUCAACACAGUCUUUUUAUCCACACAAAAAACCAUUGAAGCUACAGAGCUCGGGGCGGUGAGGAUGAGAGAGGCAAGGGUGGUAUGGCAGGGAACCCAAAAGCAUACAAGUCGGUGAGGUGUCCAUGGCUGUAGAGGCAGGGGAGCGUGGAGAAUGGGGUAGAUAGAGCAAGGCAGGGGAGAUGGAUCAAUUCACAUUUCAAACCAGGGGUCCGUAAUCUUUGUCAGAGGAAGAUGUAGUAAUCUCUGCACCACCAAGGUUCCAAAUGAAUGAUGGACUAAGCAGAAAGGCCUUAGGAACAAGAGGGUAUUUGUUGGCCCACACUGCUCCAUCCUGCUGUUGCCGUACAACAAAGGUUGUUGCCUGGAUAUUUUAUUCUGCAGCCAAAACCAACGCUGGGGGAAGGUGGAGGUGGGGAGGUGGGGCAUGAGUGUGUGAAGCGGAGGAGGACAUAAAAUCUAUAUAAUGCAUCUUAGACUCCAUGAUUAGAUGGUAGAAAUAAAGAACAGCAUUUGCUGGUUU